CCACAGCAUAUUUAUACGACUGUUGCUUAGCAACACGGUCAACAAACCGGACUCGACGUUUGAGGUCGUUUCAUGAUACGAAGACGCUUGAGUUAUAUGAACUGUUAAUGUAAGCAAAUAAUUGUGCUUCCAUUCCGUUAAAAGUCUUUUACACUUUGAUUUGGCCAGUGUUGCCUUGGUGGUUCAAAUGCAAUUUGUGAAAGUCCAGUAACUGCAGAAAAACAGCGUCUCGCUAGUGUUUAAAAGUCAUGGAGAGCGACAGUCUUCAAAAACUGAUGCCUGCACCUCGUAUCUUUGUGGAGAGAACGCUGGCUUUAAUCAAACCCGAUGCCGUCCACAAAACUGAUGAAAUUGAGGACGUUAUUCUUCAAUCUGGGUUUACAAUUCUUCAGAAAAGAAGGCUUCAACUGAGUCCCGAGCAAUGCAGUGAUUUCUACGCUGAGCAUUAUGGGAAGCUGCAUUUUCCCCACCUGACCGCCUUCAUGAGCUCGGGACCGGUUGUUGCUCUAGCACUGGCCCGACACCAGGCUAUUGCCACCUGGAAAACCAUUAUGGGGCCAGUCAGCAGCAUAAAAGCUAGAGAGACGCAUCCUGAUUGUCUGAGAGCGAGAUUUGGCACGUGUGACCUGAGAAAUGCUGUGCAUGGCAGUGAUUCCUUCUCCGCUGCUGAGAGGGAGAUCAGGUUCAUCUUUCCCAACUCUGUGAUUGAACCCAUUCCUAUGGGAGAUGCUGCCAAAGAUUACCUGAGCCGGUACGUCAGCCCAACGCUUCUCAGCGGACUGACAGAACUGAGCAAGAAAAAGCCACUGGACCCUUUUACAUGGCUUGCAGACUGGUUGAUGAAUAAUAACCCUAAUAAACCCCAAAUAUCUGAUGGAACGGUAGUAGAGGCGGCAGCAGUGUGAUUUUUGUUUUCUUUCCUCAAGCAAGAAGAAUUUACCAACAAGAAUUUACUGUAUUGCUCGAUUUAGGUCAUUUUCUCAUCUUUCGUUUAAACUGUUUUAUAAAAUAAAGUGAUACAAUUUUGUCUUAGCCCUUAUUAUUGUGCAGUCUAAAUGUGUUAUUUUAAAUGUUCUUGGUUCACUUAAGAUAAAUUUGCAAAUUUACAGUAUCCUACUGCCACUGAUUAUUGU